AUGCUCGCUUUCCUAUCUACACCUUACCCCAGUUUCCCCAUCAUCGCAGUCGACCGUCAGAUGGGUGAGCUCGACAACACAUACGGCGCUGUCGUUAUUGGCGCAUUUCUGUCUGCUAUUCUCUUCGGUGUGACGAAUCUUCAGGUUUUCAUAUACUUCCAGCAGUUCUAUACCGACGGAUUUUGGAUCAAGCUUGCGGUGUGUUGGCUCUUGGACGCCACACACGUCGCACUCUGCGUACACAUGGUGUAUUGGUAUCUCGUCGCAAACUUUUUUGAUCCCGUAGCGCUGUUCGAGAUCGUCUGGAGUUUCAAGGCACAGAUCAUGGUCGAUGCGAUUGUCGUAAUAUCCGUGCACACUCUCUAUACCCUCCGCUUGUGGAAACGAGUCCGUUCUUCCCUUCCUACCACAUCAUUCGUUCUCCGGCCGCUUGGCGAAUGUGACGAGAAUGGGCAGGAGCGCAAGUCGACACCAUUUCUGGACUUGUUCCCAUUUACUGCAAGCCGCUCUACAGGCAAAUCGGAUCUGCGCCCAUCUUUUGCGGCGGUGUCUCAGCCUGGCGUAGAACGUGAACCUUCCGGAAGAUUGUUCCGGACCCAGACCAAAAGCAUUGGGCUGAGUGCGGUCGUAAUGGAUGACAGAGCGGAGCAGGACAUGCACACAGCCAAGUCUGUGCCAUCGCCGGUCCUUUUCGGGAGCCCUGCACUCGAGCCACUGUUUGCUCGAGCGGCGGGAAGACGCAAGUCUGCUCCGACCCAAGUUCCCUCGCCUCGACCUGAUACUUCGACACUGGCGUCCUCAGUCACCGCUAUCGCGGAUGGCGUGGAUCUAGGCACAAUGGACCGGGAUUUGUACGCAUCAUUUACGGUCCCUAGGACGCGGGCGCGGCCGUCCCGGCCUACGGUGCGCGAAACAUUUGGGUUUCCAUGUGUGACUGGAAUCGGUGCGGAUGUGGGAGACUACGGAAUGCAUGAAGUGAGACCGGUGACAGCCAGGAAGGACAGUGGGCUGUUUGGCAUGGCCGAAAGCGAGACGAAGCAAAAUGGAUGUGAAGCAAGAUACGGUCGUGAUUGCGAGGUUGUCCACAUUUCGGGUCCGUACCCGUCCGAGUCGAUGCGUGCGCCGAGCAAAUGCGAUUCGGAUGUUAUGCCGUGUGUGUACUGA